AUGAACACUAAAACCGGUCUCUACUACACCAGCGUGACCGUCGGCGAGCCACCCCUCGUGGUUAACCUAGUCGUAGACGUCCGAGGCCCAGCCUUAUGGUUCCAAUGCGAAGAGACCGGCUACAACUCAACCACCUACACCCCUAUCCUUUGCGGAUCCCACGGCUGCAAACAAGCCAAAGAUGAAUGCUCCACUUGCUACGGCACUUACGGUCCUUCCUGCAGGAACAAUACGUGUAUCGAGUACAUCGAAACCCAAUCAACCUACAACUCCGUCUCCGCUUCUCUUGUCAAAGACAACGUCAUCUUAAGCUACACGUCACCAUCAGCUUACGUGGCACCCAAACUCUCAGCGAGGCUGCCUCUCGCUUGCAUGUCUGCCUUAGAGGUCGUGGCCGGGCUUCCUUCUGGUUCUCAAGGCAUCCUCGGACUCGGUAAUGGCUCUACGUCUUUCGGCUUCGUCAAUGGCCUCGUCUCUUCUUACAAGAUUCCCUUCAAAGUUGCUCUUUGUUUACCUUCGAAGCCCGGAAAAAAUCAUUCCGGGCUUGUUUACAUCGGCGGUGGACCAUAUUUGUUGCCGCCGAGUCGUAAAGAUGUGUCGGGGUUACUAGUCUCCACUCCUCUUGUCCCGAUCCCGGAAACAAGAGAGCAUGGGGAGGAUAACUAUUACAUAGAUGUGAAGUCAAUCCAAGUCAACGGAGAGACACUCUCUUUUAAUCAUAAUUUGUUGACUUUCAAUAAGACGAGCCAUCAUGGAGGCACAAAGAUCAACAACUUGACUCCUUAUACUCUCAUCCAUUUACAAAGCUCUUGUUAA